AUGAGUAAUGGAGAUGUUUUAAUCUCAAGACCAUUAAGUAUAUCUGAGAAUUUCUUUAGGUCAAGAACAGCAAGUGGCCAUUAUCGAAGUUUUGCAGUUUCAUCAACAUACAAUCAAAAUUUGAACAAUUUAUCAUUAUUUUAUAAAGCAUUAAGAAAAACAAUAUUAGAGUAUCAUAUAUUAAUUUGUAAUGUUCAGUUCAAAGGUCAAUAUGUAUAUCAACCGUUAGAAAAUAUCAAACUCGAAAAUAUUCUACAAUUUAAUACUGAUGUGCAGUAUUUGAGAAAUGGGGUGGUUACUGAAUCAUUUAUGAAAAAGGUUAAUGAGAUUACAUUUAAUUUAUACACUCAGGACCCAUUAUUCAAAUUAGUUCUAGUUGGAGACUAUAAUCUCGUUUGUAUAUUUGAACAUACUAUUGCUGAUGGAGUGGUUGGUAAUUAUUUUCAUGAAAUAUUUUUGCAAAACUUAGCUUAUUGUGAUGAUACAAAUAAUGAUGUAUUUGCUGUGAGUUUUGGUGAUGUUCCAGAAGAGAUCAGCUUAGAUACUACAAUUUUUAAUUUUUCAAAGGACCUAAAAUUCAUUAAAAAUUCCUUACCUCCACCUCUUGAUUUAUUCAUGGAGGAUAUUGAUUUAGAUUACACUUAUAAUAAUCCAGAUUUUUUUGAAAGAGUAAUUCCACAAUGUUAUAAAAGAUGGAAUGGAAGGUUUGAUGCUAUAAACACACAUGAAAUUAGUUUCAAAGUUAUAAAUUUUAAUUUAGAAGAAACUAAGCAAAUUUUAAAUGCAUGUAAAAAACACAACGUUACUUUGACUUCAUACAUUGUUGUUAUUGAGGCAUUGACAUUACAGCCUAUAUUUGGAGACAAUUAUACUGUUCAUAAAGUGGCAAUGGCUUUAAGAAGACACAUUCAAAAAGAUAAAGCACCAAUUGAAUAUCAACAGAUCCUUUCAGAUCCAAAUUAUAAAAUAUUGGGAACUUCAGCACACAUGGGUUUUGGAAAUAACAUACCUCCGCUAAAGAAGUUUUCAUGGAAUGCAGUCAAAGAGGUAAAUGAUAAUAUUUUACAAUCUACAAAGAAUAAACGUGCUUUAAAUCAAAUGAAAGGAUGGAAAGAUAAAGGUGAUUUAUUAGAUCCUACAAAUCAAUCAUUUUUUGAUUCUCAAUUGAAUAAACCAAAGGCAGAUCAUGUAAAAUUUUCAAAUUUGGGUUUAAUUAAAUUACCAGAAUACAAAGUUAAAGAUAAAAAAAUUUGGAAGAUUGAAAAUAUGAUAUUUUGGCAAGAUAUGGCUCCUUAUAGUGCAGAAUUUAUGUUAAGUGCCGUUUCAACUCCUUUAGGUGGUUUAAAUUUUGUUUUAAGUUAUUACGACUAUACAUUUGAUGAUAUACCAGGAGACAAUUUUGACAAAUACAUAAUCCAAUUACAUGAUAAUAUGCUAAAUUGCGCAUCAUAA